AUGGAGCAGUUUGUCAGGAAGCGUCUGAGCUUCCUGACAUCCUUCUGGAACAAGCUCCGUCCCCGCGCCGUGACGGAGAGCUGCUCGCUGGGGUAUCUUGGUUCUGAUUCCGUUUCGCUGCACUCCGAGCCGAACUCCGUUUCCUUCGUCCCCAAGUCCUCUCUCUGUAUCGCUUUAUACGCUUUCACAGCCCGGAGCUCCGAGGAACUCAGCGUAAGCGCAGGGGACAAACUGCGUGUCCUCAGAGAAGAGGGGGAGUAUGUGUUAGCCCGGCGGCUGCUGGGGGAGCCGGCCAUGGGCUACGUCCCUGCUGCCUACGUGGCCAACCUCAGCCAGGGCACCUCUGCUCACCGCCCCUGGUACUUCAGCAAGAUCAGCCGAAAUGAAGCGGAACAGCUCCUCCUCUCGCCUCCCAACCAGCAUGGCUCCUUCCUUGUUCGGGACAGUGAGAGCAGCAAGGGCGAAUACUCCCUCUCAGUGCGCAACCACGCCAAGGUCAGCCACUUCCGAAUCUGCAAGAGCCCCAGGGGCAGCCUCUACAUCCAGAAGGGACACCCCUUCCCCAGCAUGGAGGAGCUCCUUGCCUUCUACACGGAGCACUGGAAGGUCAUCCAGAGCCCCUUGCUGCAGCCCUGCAGCCCCGCGAUGCCCCCCGAGCGGGAUGGCUGGGAGCGCCCGCGCUGGGAGUUCACCCUGCGGAGGAAGCUGGGAGAGGGCUACUUCGGAGAGGUGUGGGAAGGGCUGUGGAGGAACACAGUACCAGUGGCCAUCAAGAUCAUAAAAGCUGACAUGAAAGCAGAAGACUUCACCAAGGAGAUUCAGAACCUGAAGCGCCUGAGGCAUGAGAAGCUGAUCCAGCUGCACGCUGUCUGCUCGCUGGAUGAGCCCGUGUACAUCAUCACUGAGCUCAUGCGCAAAGGCAACCUCCACAGCUACCUCAACAGUCCUGAAGGGAAGUCCCUGGGCACCUCCCACCUGCUCAACAUUGCCUGCCAAGUGGCGGAUGGGAUGAGGUACCUGGAGGAGAAGCACAUUGUCCACCGGGAUCUGGCAGCCAGAAACAUCCUGGUGGGAGAGGAACUCACCUGCAAAAUUGCUGACUUUGGACUUGCCCGGCUCCUCAAGGAUGACAUUUAUUCCACCAGCAGCAGCACUAAAAUCCCAGUGAAGUGGACAGCCCCGGAGGCAGCCAACUACCGCACCUACUCCCUCAAGUCCGAUGUCUGGUCCUACGGGAUUCUGCUCUACGAAGUCUUCACGUAUGGGCAGAUCCCGUAUGAAGGGAUGACAAACCAAGAAACUGUACGGCAAAUCACCAGGGGCUACCGCCUUCCCCGGCCCAGCUCCUGCCCUCCCGAGAUCUACAGCAUCAUGCUGGAAUGCUGGAGUGGCAACACGGAGGAGCGUCCCACCUUCCUGGCCCUGCGGGAGAAGCUGGGCUUCAUCUACAGAAGGCUGCUCAGUUCCCUCUCCUGAGGGACCCCUUCCCGCCACCCUUCCUGCACAAGACACUCCAGGCCAGCUCUUGCCAAGAAGUUCCUUUCUAGUAGUUUGCCCUUUGGCAGGGCUACAAGGAAAGCACGUCCCCCAAAAAACCAGUCCAUGGUCCCUCCCAGUCAGGAUGCAGGGAUGUGGCAAAGGGAAAAGGCAGUGAGUUGUGGAGAACUUGUUGCCAGCACUUGGCUGUGUAGCAGUCUGGAGAAGUCCCAUAGUAACAGAAGCAUCACCCAGAGUUUACAUCUUCGUUCAGUCAGUAGGGUGGGAGCUCCCUGUCACUCCCCACACCAACAUGAAGGUUUGCAGUUCAUGUUCAGCUGUGGCUCCGCUUGAUUUUUCUUGUAGUGUGUGUCCGGUGUAUUUAUCAAUAAAUGUGUGUACAUCCAUCCAUGGGAGUCCUUGCAGGGUACUGCUGGAUGCUCUGUCCUUACCACACUGCUCUGCUCCCUCCCAGGAAUCAUAGAUCGAUUUGGGAUGGAAGGGAUCUUCAUGGUUCAUCUUGUUCCAACCCCCCUGCCAUGGGCAAGGAAACUCUCCACUAGACCAGGUUGUUCCAAGCCCUGUCCAAGCUGGGUAUGAACAUUUUCAGGGAUGGGUUCAAGGAACCCACCAAGGAUAGGUUCAAGGAAGCAAUGGUUUGCAACCAGUCCCACUCUUGGAACCACGGAUAUAACCAUUAUUUUGUCUCUUUGGACUCUGUUCAUCCAGGUAUACACUGAACCUCAGUGUGCCUCUGCCACCCCUUUCCCAGCCAGCAGCCCUGCUUGCCCUGAGAACCCUGCACAGGCAGCUCCUCUCUGGGCUGCUCCACUCUAGAUCCUUUUCUCACUCACCAUUGUGUGUUAUUCCAAUAAAAAUGUAUGUUUGGGAUCCAC